AUGCUGUCCGUGGUCGCCGGGCUCUUGCUCGCUGUAGCCGCGGGUGGGCAGGGGUCGGCGGCGGGAGAGCAGGAGAGCCCGCCGGGGAGCCGCUUCGUGUGCACCUCGCUGCCGUUGGACGUGGCCAGCACAGGCUGCCCGUUGCCCCCGGUGUCCAUGCAGGGCGGCGGGCUGGCCCCCGAGGAGGAGCUGAAAGCCACGGUGCUGCAGCUGCGGGAGACCGUCCUGCAACAGAAGGAGACCAUCGGGAGCCAGCGGGAAGCCAUCCGGGAGCUCACCGGCAAGCUGAGCCGCUGCGAGAGCGCCGACGGCAGGUCCGCCACGGGGACGUGGAAAAAGGAGCUGGGCAAGGGCAAGGACACUAUGGGCGACCUGCCGCGGGACCCGGCGCAGGUCAUCGACCAGCUGAGCCGCACCAUGCAGACCCUGAAGGACCGACUGGAGAGCUUGGAGCACCAGCUCCGAGCCAACGUAUCAUAUGCAGCACUGCCUAAUGACCUUCGAGAGAUGCUUCAGCGGAGGCUUGGAGACCUGGAGCGCCAACUCCUGAGCAAAGUGGCUGAGCUUGAGGAUGAAAAGUCUUUGCUUCAUAAUGAGACAUCAGCCCAUCGGCAGAAAACAGAGACAGCCUUGAAUGCACUGCUAGAAAGGGUGUCUGAAUUAGAAAAAGGUAACAGUGCAUUUAAGGCACCUGAUGAAUUCAAAGUCUCCCUUCCUCUUCGCACAAAUUACUUAUAUGGGAAGAUCAAGAAGACUCUACCAGAGCUGUAUGCUUUUACUGUAUGCUUGUGGUUGAGAUCAAGUGCUUCUCCUGGAAUUGGCACUCCAUUCUCAUACGCUGUUCCUGGGCAGGCUAAUGAAAUUGUCCUCAUAGAAUGGGGGAAUAAUCCAAUUGAACUGCUCAUUAAUGAUAAGGUUGCCCAGCUCCCUCUCUUCAUUAGUGAUGGAAAAUGGCAUCAUAUCUGUAUAACAUGGACAACCAGAGAUGGGAUGUGGGAGGCUUUUCAGGAUGGAGAGAUGCUUGGUACUGGGGAGAAUCUUGCUCCUUGGCACCCAAUUAAACCAGGAGGUGUCUUGAUCCUGGGUCAAGAACAGGACACAGUAGGAGGAAGAUUUGAUGCCACUCAAGCCUUCGUUGGGGAGAUGAGCCAGUUCAGUAUAUGGGACAGGGUCUUAAAAGCUGAAGACAUCAUGAAUAUUGCUAACUGCUCUACCAACAUGCCCGGCAACAUCAUACCCUGGGUUGAUAACAACGUCGAUGUGUUUGGAGGUGCUACUAAAUGGCCUGUGGAGACGUGUGAAGAGCGUCUGCUAGAUUUAUAGCUGCAAUUCUUUCCCAUUCAAGUGCCCCCUCUAGUAGGACAAUCUUCUGUACAAUCUAAAGCACUUAUUUUUCUCUCUGCCCUUUCCCAAUCUUAGCUCCUCAAAAGAAUAAAAGAAUUGAGUGAACCGCCUCAGUGCAAAGAUAGCUGCUAGUUUGGGGCAUUGAGCCUGACAAUGAAAGAAGCAUUUCUUGGCUAGAGCAGCCCUUGCUUUAUGGCCUCAUCCAAAAAUAUGCUUUGGCCUUUCAGUUAGACCUGAGUUUAGUACAUCAGUUCUGGCAGGAAGGGGAACAGCUGUGCACAUGUUAACUGUAGUACUGAUGAUAAUGUGCAUUGCUGACCGAGCGCUAAGAUUAACGGCCUGAAUGUGAGUCCUUCCUUCCAGUCUAUCCUUUCCCCUUUAAACUGAAGCCAUUCUUUUUUUAGCCCUUUUUAAAGGAAUCACUUAAUCCUUACACCACAGUGGUCAUGGUGCAAUUAUGGGUAGAGGAGAGCAGCCACUGUCUGAGUGCAAGGGUCUUGCUUUUUUUCAUUUGCAGAUUAGAAAUCCUUAUUUUAUGAUAAGGAGCUGAUGCAUUUGAGACAUGCUAUUCUAGUUCAAUUUGAA